UGUAACCAAAUCAGCCAUGAGGUGGUUAUUAGGUAUUCAUGGUGGGUCCUUCACCCUCCAAGAAACUGGAUCCCAUCUCAGCUACAACAGCCCUGGUUGGGGGUGUGGGGAACCCUGGGUCCUCUAAUGCCCGAUUCUGUGUUCCCCCCAGUGCCUCCCGCAGCAAAGACUUGACGCCACCACCUUCCUCCAGGGGGAAGAAGAAAAAGAAGAAAUCUACGCGGAAGAAGAGAAGGAGGUCCCCAUCCUAUAGCCCGUCGCCUGUCAAGAAAAAGAAGAAAAAAAGUUCCAAGAAGCAUAAACGACACAGGUCAUUCUCCAAGAAGAGAAGGCACAGCUCCUCUAGCCCAAAAAGCAAAAGAAGGGAAGAGAAGAGGCACAAAAAACAAUCACGAAGCCGGCCCCGAAAGUCUCACCGCCACCGCCACCACCACUGCCCCUCGCGGUCCCAGAGCUCGGAGUCCCGCUCCUCCAGCUGUGACAGCAGGCACCGCGGCCGGUCCCCAGAGGAAGGGCGGAAGUCCCACCGAAGGCACUCCCGCCGCUGCUCCAAGACCCUCUGCAAGGCCAGCCCUGAGGCCCGGUCCAGCCCCCCGCCCAGCCAGCCCCUCCAGAUGCUCAGCUUCCUGUCGGCCAGGGGUGUAAUCACUGGGUCGGGGUCUGCUGUUGACCUCUUGACCAAAACAGCCAGCCCGCUCACCACCUCCCGAGGACGCUCCCAGGAGUACGACUCAGGCAACGACACCUCCUCGCCACCCUCCACGCAAAUCGGCUCAGCCAGGUCGCGGGGUCCGGAGAAGGGGAGCCCCAGUGGGGGCCUGAACAAGAGCCAGGACCCCAACAGCGGCAACACCUCGGAUUCAGGGAACUCCUUCACCACCUCCUCACCCCAGAACAAGGAGGCCACUUUGGAGAACCUCUCCCCCACCAGCAGGGGCAGAGAGUCAAGAGGAUUUCAGUCACCAUGCCUGGAAUGCACUGAGGUGAAGAAGUCCAGUUUGGUCCCAUCCACAGCCCGGAGCUCCCCCAUGAGAGGGUGCUCCCGCAGCUCCUCCUAUGCCAGCAGCCACUCCUCCAGUCACUCCUCCCGAUCCCCAAACCCCCGGGCCUCCCCCAGGUACACCAGGAGCCGAUCCACAUCCUCUGGGAAAAGGUCCUCCUCGCGCUCUCCUAGCUACUCCUCCAAGUCUGGCAAGAGGAGCCCGCCUGGCAGAAGCUCUCGAUCCCGCCGCAGCCCCAGCUACUCCCGCUACAGCCCCAGCAGGGAGCGGGACCCCAAGUACAGCGAGAAGGACUCGCAGCAGCGGGAGCGCGAGCGAGCUCGUCGGAGACGCCGGUCCUACUCGCCCAUGCGGAAGCGCCGGAGAGACUCCCCGAGCCACCUGGAGGCGCGGAGGAUAACGAGUGCCCGGAAGCGCCCCAUCCCCUACUACCGGCCCAGCCCCUCUUCGUCCAGCGGCCUCAGCAGCACCUCCUCCUGGUACAGCAGCAGCAGCAGCCGCUCAGCCAGCCGGAGCUACUCCCGCAGCCGCAGCCGCGGCCGCAGCCGCAGCCGGACCCGCACGAGCAGCAGCUGCAGCUCCCGCAGCCCCAGCCUGGGCUCCCGCAGCCGCAGCCGCAGCCGCAGCCGGAGUCGCAGCGGGAGCUACAGCUCUGCGGACAGCUACUCCAGCACGAGGCGCUAAGCACCGCUCUCCUUUGAGCCAACUGCCUGCAGGGGCCCCUUUCUCUCUGCCAGCCUCCCCUACUCCCUGCCCACCCUGCAUUCUCCCUGGUGACAGACAUUGAGGGCUCCCGGGCCCCGUCCUUCCUGCGCUCCUGGGGAGGAGAAAAAGAGGAUAUCAGGGCUUCAGCCUCUAUGUCGAGCUGCUGGGAGCCUCCACCGCACCACCCUGGGGUUCAGUUCAGGCCUGAGCUUAUGGACAGAACCACCUUCUGCUGGCACAAAAAAACCCUCAAAGGUUUGUAAGAAGCAAUGGGCCCAUGAUUCAAAAGUUUGGGCCUGGCCAGGAAAAUGUAGAGAGUUCUUCUAACCCACUGCUCGCGGGAAGCAUACAAAGGCCAGUGGUAAUUCGUCACAUCUGCCCUCAUUCUCCCCUCAUCCAGUCUCCUGGCUGCACGUGUAUGGACCCCCAAGGGGGUAGGGGACGGAGAUGAGAGGAGGCCAGGGGCAGCUCUGGCCCAGAAGAGGGGCCCAGGCCUUUCACUUCCCCACUUAGGCCGGAGCAAAAGCUGGACGGCUGUUGGGUCCUAGAGCAGGGGAUGUGGACAUUUCAGUUGGUGGGAGGUGUCGGGAGAUGGGGGAUGGACUCUCCAGUCACAGAAGCAGAAAGGAGGGGGGUCAAUCUGCUGCUCCAGUGUCUCAGCAUCUCCAGGAAGAAGAGCCCAGCAGUUCCUAGCCAUGGAGAGGCCGUCACACAACUUACACAAAAUGCCUUUUGGCUGUUCACAGGGACCCUGUGACCUCUGAGAAAGGACACAGUGGACGGUUAGGACAGCUUGGUCUGUAGCCCCACUUCCCAAAUUUGCCUCGGCCCCAUUAGCUGGCACCCACUGAAUUCCACGGGACCAUCUGCUGCACAUUCCCCAGUGCCAUGGCCAGCUGCCAGGCCCCAGCGCCAGCCAGUCUGGCCUUACCCUCCGGUUGGCGCCUGCCUGCCCCCUCCCCAUGGCCCAGACUGCCACACCCUGGAGCCUACCCAGUGCAGCCGAGCACCCACCCACCCACCCUGAGCCUAAGUCAUCCCCUUUGCCUCUCAGGAAUUUUGCCAGAAUGGGGCACAGCAGCUCAGGUUUAGGGGGAAAGAUCCAAAUCUAGAGAGUCUGGGGGGAAAGGGGCUUGAAUGUUCCGUAGAUCCCCACUGGUUCCAGAGUUUCCUAGCAGCCUGGGAAAGCCCCGCCUUCAUUUCUGCCUCACCCCACUUCCCACCUCCCCACCCUCCCCAGGGCUGGGCAGUGAGGGUAAGCUGAUCUCUAAAACACAAGUACCACCAGCUGCUUCAUGCACGGAAGGCACUGAGAACAGGGGCAUGAGGGAGAAGAUCCUUAAAAUAAACUUUUGGGCAUCCCCCUCACCAGCUGACUGGCUUUCCGGGGCCUUGCGGGAGAGUUUCAAGUUUGUGGUGGCAACAGCAGCCAGGACAGGGCAGGGAGGGAGAGAGCGAGAGAGGACAGCUCCCAGCUUUGGAUCCUGGGGCUUUGGGAAGCAGGGACCAAACAUUCUUUAUACCUUACACCCCAGGGGGGAAACAUAUGAAAAAAAAAUCCUUUUUCUUGGAAGCAGUGACAUUCCCCCUCCCCGGUCUUUCCCAUCACAUCAGCCCCUGGGACCAGAGGCUGCCCUGCAGCCACCGAGAAAGUUCCUCCUCCAUCGGGAGAGCGGAACCAGGUGCCGGCAGCAGUGGAGGACCUGGUCUUUCCAUGAUGCUCUCUGGCCCAGACCUGGGCCCCACCUCCCCCGCCAAGACUAAUGGAUGCCAGUGCUGUCGCCGCAGAAGGCCUGAUGGCAGGUGCCUGGGACGGGGCCGGUGCCCUGGGAGGGCAUGUACAGCAACUGUAAAUAACCCUCUUCCCCACCCAGGAACCCAGACUGGAAUCUAGUCUCCCUUCGUGGAGACAAAGGCUUUCCGGAGCCAUAGAGCCUCCUUUAGCAGGACAGCAGUGAGAGGCCUGAGAGCCUCCCACCCAGACUGCCUUCCUUCGAGCAACUCCAGGGGACCGCUUUGCCUGGCGCUCCUAGCAAACCUCUUAUUUAUUUUAUUUAUUUAUCUUUAUUUAUUUAUUUAUGUAAUCUCUCUCUCUUUCUCUCUCUCUCGGUUGCCAUUAGCAGUAUUCCACUAUUUAUUUAUUUAUAUGGAGAGUGUGUGCGUAUGUGUGUUUGUGUGGUUGGGGAGGAGGGAGGGCUCCCAGAUGAUUUUUGUGCAUCUCUCUUUUGUCUUCCUCACGUCUCUAUGGAUGGGAUUUGAGAGGUUGGAUAUGGGUGGGGAUGUUGGCCCUUUUCCCUAAAGGCGAGACCCACAGGGCUCUAACCCCGGGACGUCCUGGAGGUGGACUGGAAGCACUUCAGUUCGUGACUCAGUCCAUAUCCAGUGAAGUUCAGGUCUGCAUCCCAGCAUCUGGCGCACCAGCUACCUGACUGAUGUAUCAAAAACGUGACGUAUCAAAAACGUGCAAACAGUCAAGAGGCUUAUGUGCUAAGGUGCCGAACGGACACAGUGGAGUCACAGCUCAUGUGGGGGUUGGCGUCUAAAGUUAGCAUCUAAGGCAAAAGUUGCAGAAAGGUCUUUAGGGAGGCACAAGAUGUGCACAUCUUAAUCUCACCCUUGUUCCAGGGCAUAUAUUAGUGGGCGAGAUCAUUUGCUUUUUUGAGCAUACCUCAUUGGUUUGAUGCAAGCUACACAUGCUUCUGACUCUCCCUUAGCUAAUUUCUCCCUUCUGAGAUCUCAAGGCUCUUCUGUGGACACACCUGCCUUGUGACCAGGUAUCACUCAUCUUGGGAGAGAGACACACAGACCCAAAGCAGAAGGCUUUUGCCGUGAUCUCGGGAGAGAGUACAUAGCUAUUUUGAAAUGAGAAAACAAACAAGAUGAAAGGAGCAGCCAGAGGUUCUCCCCCCACCACCACCACCAAGAAGGUCAUUUCAGAACCUGUGUUGGGAAUCAGGAUCCUGAAGUCUUCACCAGUCUUGCCUCUCUGACCAACUAGCAGUGUCUUCUGACUGCUGGCUGGCGACGGCUCCUGCCCUUUCCAAAGUCAUGAUUUACUGCUUUGAAACGGCCAGUUUGCCUGGACCAGCUUUGGGUUUGGUGAGACUUUUGCAACAUCCCUGGUUGUUUCCCUGGCAAUGUGACUUUACUCUGCCCUCACCCAAGCAGCCCGAUCGAGGGAGUGCCUGUAGCCUGGGCAGAGUGUACAAGAGCUUCGGGCCUCCUGGGGGGGAUCUCUGUCCCUCCCUGUCACUUGGUGUGUUUCUAUAAUUUCCAUUACAUUUCCUUCUUUUUUUUUCCCCCAUCCAAAAAUAAAACUCUCAUUGGGGCACUGGUAACCUUGUUUAACCAGAACCCCCGAUCCCUGGCACUACUGUUCCUCUGCCCACUUCCCCCUCAUUACACUCCUGCUCCCAAGGAGUGAGACAGAUCACCUGAAAAGUGCUCACGGUGAGGACCUGUUUCUAAAACCAGUAUGGAAAAUGGGAGGGAGAUGUGGCUUGAGGUCGAGCAACAUGCAGCCCUUCGAUCUUCCUGGGUGUUGUCCAGGUGAGUGACACUGGGAAAGUUGCUCCCCUUUUCUGGACCAAAGUCUCCCCCUUUCAGAAGUGGAGGAGUUUUUGAGAUACAACCCAGAAUGUUAACCCAAGCCCUGGGCAGUUUUUCAAAGACAGAGUGAGUUCACUGAGACUUACGAGGAAAAAGGAAAACAUCCGCAGACAUUUUUAGAGGUUCUCAAUCUUGAGAGUAACAUGGAAAAGCAACAACGUGAACUCCAGUUGAUUCAGAAAAGCUAAUUCAAGCCCCCACCCAGGAACGUUCUUCUUCAUCCAGGUUUGACUGCAUUCCUAGCUCCCUCUCUCCCCUUCUCCGAAGGGAAGUCAGUCUUUCAGAAGCAAAAGAAAAUUAAGCUGUUUAAAAGCCGCGAGGGUCUCAGUCCCAGAGAGCCCCUGUCCCUUCAGGUGUUCAGACCCCUCCUCCUUCCCAAAAGGUUUUGCUUGAAGAGGCUAACGUCUGGGGGGGCUCCCAAUGGUUUGAAAGCUCAUUUCUUCUUUUCUCAAGUCCCACUUUAAUCUUCUCUUCUGCUGUAUUCCUUCCCACGACUAUUCAAAACAGUUUCACGUGCAUGUGUCUCGCCCUGAUUUUUUUCUUCUCCAGCUGAAUAGAAAAUUUUGUUUGAUUCAAAACAAAACAGGAUUCGUCAAACCACACCCUCUCCUCUGACCAACUGUGUCCAGCUGGGAAAUUACAGUCGAUAACAGUGUCAUCAA